GAAAUACUUCUCAUUUUGUUUGUUUACUUUGACACCCCAUGCUUCAUUUACCGUAAUGGCCAGGAUACGAGCAUCUGAUUGAAAGUGCAAAUCUGAUUCAAAUAUUGCUUUUUGGUCGGUUGAAUUUAGAAAAAAAUGUCAACUGAAGUCCCUUACAUGACAGGACUGUAGUGUCCAAAAUGUUCAGGUGGCUCUGCUACCAUAUAUAUAUAUAUAUAUAAUCACCUCUACUGAAUUCUAAGGUGGGCUUUGUUUGUCCGCGAGAAGCCAGUGCAAAGUAGUGGAGCUGUUAGAUUCGGAGAUCAGCCUUAGCAGUUCAGCUCUAAUAGCUCCAACGGAACAGCUCAAAGCCUAGCAUGGCUACCUGAGUUGGAAAAGUAUUCCUGACCAGUAUAGCUUGUUUCCUUGCUGCUGCACAAGGCUUUACUGAUCAUUCACUCGACCACUGAAAGUUCGAAAUCUAUGCCACCGCCAUUCAAAUUUUAUCUCAGAAUGGCUCCCGUAGCUGGGAUUGCCAGUCUCCAUGUUGCGGCGUUUUUCAUCAUGAUCGUUCUUUCGAAGGCAUUCGUGAUUUCAGGUCAUCCUGGUUUUGGACAUAAAGAAGACAAUGCUCAUGUCACGCUGCCCUCUCAAAGUCAAUCUGAGCCUAUUGAUAUAAAGUUGAACACGUCCCCAUCAUUUAAUUACAAGCAAUCUGAGAAGGAGUAUGUGAAGCUUGGGAGAGGACGUCGUGCGUUUAGUCCUGCACGAAGGUUUUUGGAAGCUGAAGGUUUCACCUUCAGGCCAGGUUCAACUCCACCAAAUUGUGAGGGUAAAUGCCAGGGUUGUACUCCUUGUGAUUUACAGCCCAUUGUGAUACCGCACAUGGUCAGCGUUUCGUCAGUUGACUACAAGUAUGAACACUGGGCAUGUGUUUGCAAGAAGGUGACGUACCUUGCCAGCACUCGGACAUGAUGGUAAAGAGUGAACGUUCACGCUUAUCAGAAAAGGAGCAAUGGCAGGUUUGAAAAGCACCCGUCUAUUCAAAACCUCGCAGCCCAGAUUAGACUUUGAACUAGGUCCCAAUGGAGACACAGGCGUAGAGUUCACGAGGACUUAUGAGCACCAUUGGCAACCACUAACUUGAAGUUCAGCUCGGAGUUGACACCUCCACCGAAAGUCUGGACUGAGAAUUUUAGUCGUCUGUGGCGCCGUGCGGCUGCAACCAUUGUUUAGGAGUCCGUAGCAAGUUCUAAGAAGGCGGACUUUUGUAUCUGAAGACUUUGAGGCAGUGACUUGUAUCGAUGAUCAUCAUUCAUGAUCAUCCAUACCGGUCACUAAGGACUCACAAGUCAAUGUCCUUACUCUUGCACAUACUGCCCCCAAAUCGAGAAAUCCUCUCCGUGUACUCUGUUUGCAAAUGCAACGAACUCAGAUUACUUGUAGCUUGUCAGUAGCUACUGCCUUCUUGGCCACAGCGCCGUUGAUGUACCAGUCCUAAAAUUUUCUUGUCUUUCAUCUGG